AACAAAAAACGAAGAUUUAAUAAAAGAUUGCAGACAUCCAUCUAGGCCUAAAUUGUUUUAUUUGCUAAAGCCAAUGAUAAGAAAGGAGUAAUCAUGCACGAAUCAGAGUCUUCAGAUAGCCUUUCGAGUUUGUCCCGACAGGACAGCGACGUGAUCAUCGAUGACGAGGGCGAGAUCAAGAAGUGGAUCCGACCCGACAUCGAAUUCCAUCGUUUCAUUCAACGGUUUACGGAAUCGAACUGGUUUAAUAACAUCAUCAUGUUUACCAUCGUAAUGAACGCCUUGUCGAUGGCUGUUGAAACAAGUGACACUCUGAAGGCGAAAUACCGGACAGCCUUUGUUACUCUUGAUGGGAUUUUCCUUGGAGUAUACACCUGUGAGUUCAUUCUCAAGAUAUACGCCGAGCCCAUCAAAUAUUUCUUCAGCGCUUACAACCUCUUUGAUUUCCUUGUACUCCUCAUCUCAUUCGUACAGAUAUUCCUUGGCCAGAUGCAGACGAUAUCCCAAGGCCCUAACCUGAAUGCUCUGCGAACACUCCGAGCUCUUCGCACUCUCCGAACUCUAAGAACUGUCUCAUUCGUCAAAGGUCUUCAGGUCCUGGUCAAUGCCCUCCUUGAUACUUUUCGUAAUUCUGUCUUCAACGUCGUCCUCCUCCUCGUUCUCCUUAUGUUCCUCUUCGCUAUCAUGGGCUACUAUAUAUUCGGAUAUAAGGAUGAUAUGUCGGACAAGGAGCACUGGGGCAACUUACCCGCGGCAAUGCUAACACUGUUUACUUUUGUCACUGUGGAAGGAUGGACGGACGUACAGAACGAACUGGACAAACUGACGGGGAUGUCCCGGAUAUACACCAUCAUCUUCAUCAUCCUCGGCCAUUUCAUCUUCACUAAUGUAUUCAUCGGAAUGAUCAUCAUGAAUAUUCAUGAGGCAACGGAGGCCUACCAGCACGAGCAGAUGGUGGAACGGGAAUUGACAAUCCAACGGAAGAAGGAAUAUAUGAUAUGUCGACAGCAUGAAGAAGUCAGACAGAUGCUCGAAAAACAGACUCAAGGCAACUAUAAGGACUUCUACGAUAUGGUGAAGGAGUUCCAGGGUACGUUACGUCACGAUGAUUACACCAUCUCUACCGACCUAGCAACAAGUCUGCGAUGGAUCGAAGCAUACAUCACUACGCUUGACCAUGAAGAUAACACGAUGUAUAGACUACAACAGCUUCACUUUGAGUUGUGCAACCUACUAGCCAUGGUGCUGGAAAAGAAACUCAUGGAAAGAUAUGGACUCUAACCGUAAUUAAAACUUUGAAGAAGGGUUACGAAGUGAAAGGUUGAUUCGCGAUUAGCUGA